UGACUGUUUUUAAAGAGAUUUGUAGGUUACAAAUCUGUUCCCGAUUUAAAGGAAUAUACAUGUUGUAAUGUUUUAAAAAAUGGUACUGUGGAUACUGAUUUAAAGCUUUCAUGUGGUGUCUACUUCAUAACAGAAGUUGACACUCAGUAAGAAUGGGUGUAGCGAAGUUGGCGGUGGUGUGCUGCCUGGUGGCGGCGGCGCUGGGCUGCGAGCUCACUCCUGGGCCCGGGAACGCGCCCAAGUCGCCCGGGGACAACUUCUACCGCCUCCUCAUCAACGGCGAGGUGGAGCGGUACGCGCCCGGCGAGAGAUAUGUCGUGACCCUAGUCGGUUCCCGCACGCACGACGUGGUGCAGCAGUUCGUCAGGUUCAAGAUCACCUUGAAUCCACUGGAUCCGGCAGCUGCCAGAAGGCCCAGCAAGCAAGGCCAGUUCCAGCUUUUCGCCGACACCCUCACGUCUUUCGAUGACGAGUGCACCAACUCCGUGGUGGAGGCUGACGACCUGCCCAAGACUGAGGUGCAGGUCAUGUGGAAAGCGCCGCCCGCGGGCUCUGGAUGUGUGCUCUUGAAGGCGAUGGUUUACGAGAACUCCAGCCGGUGGUUCGCAGAAGAUGGUCAGCUGACAAAACGCAUUUGCGAGGAUACCUCACUGUCCGCUCCUGAUUGCUGCGCGUGUGAUGAUGCUAAAUACAAGAUGGUGUUCGAAGGUCUCUGGUCGCCACAGACCCACCCGAAGGAUUUCCCGACGCAGGCGCUCUGGCUGACACACUUCUCUGAUGUGAUCGGCGCCACGCAUCCCAAGAACUUCUCCUUCUGGGGAGAGGGACAGAUCGCUAGCGAUGGAUUUAGGUCCCUAGCAGAGUGGGGCUCAGUAGGUCUGCAAGAGCGAGAGCUUCGGCAGCAGGGCGGCAAGCUGCGCUCCAUCGUGAAGGCGCAGGGGCUCUGGUACCCCAAGGUCAAUUCCAACACCACCGCCGGCUUCAGCGUUGACAGGAAGAGGCACUUGCUCUCCGUGGCUUCUAUGUUUGGCCCGUCUCCCGACUGGGUGGUGGGUGUGAGCGGGCUGGACCUUUGCCAGAAGGACUGCACGUGGGCCGAGUCGAAAGUCAUCGACCUGCUGCCCUACGACGCCGGCACUGAUAAUGGCAUCUCUUACAUGUCGCCGAACUCGGAGACAAACCCACGUGAAAAGAUGUACCGCAUCACGCCGAUGUACCCGGAGGACCCGCGCGCGCCCUUCUACAACCCCGGUGCCAAGGAGGUGCCGCCUCUCGCGCGCCUUUACAUCACCAGGGAGAAGAUCAUUUCCAAAUCUUGCGAUGAAGAGACGCUGCUGUCUAUGGUGGCUGAAGAGCAGGAGAACACGCAGACCGCGGACAGGCCGGAAUGCGCCGUGUCUGAGUGGGGCGCUUGGUCGGAAUGCUCGGUGAGCUGCGGCAAGGGGUUGCGCAUGCGCACCCGUGAGUACCGUAUGCCGCAGAAGGCGCAGAUGUUCUCAUGCGACCGGCAACUCGUCUCCAAGGAGAUGUGCGUCGCCGCCGUGGCUGAGUGCGAAGGCGACAAUGCUAACGAAGCAGACACAGACAACAACGCAGAGCCGAUCGCGGAUCUGGACGGCGUGUGCAAGACGUCGGAGUGGGGCCCGUGGAGCGAGUGCUCGGUCACGUGCGGCAUCGGCAUCAGCACGCGCCGCCGCCACUUCAUCAACCACAUGGGGCUCAAGAAAUGUCCGCUCGUGCAAAUCGAGGAGAACCGUAAGUGCAUGGAGCCGCAGUGCACAGAGCAAGAGACAGACAUUUCGGACCCGACGUGCCCCACUACCGAGUGGGCGGCGUGGUCUCCGUGCUCGGCGACGUGCGGCCGCGGCGUGAGGUUCCGCACGCGGCUGCUGCUGGUGCCGCCCGAGCGGCAGCAGGACUGCAGCGCCAGGGUCGAGCUCAUGCAGCAGCGCGCCUGCUCCGAGAAGGACGACUGCACGCUCGACAUGCUCACCGCUAAACGUAUCUGCAUGGAACUGCCGGAGCAGGGCCCGUGUCGCGGGCUGUACCAGCGCUGGGCGUUCGUGGCGAUGAAGGGCAUGUGCAUCCCGUUCAACUACGGCGGCUGUCGCGGCAACCAGAACAACUUCAUCUCGCAGGAGGACUGCAUGAACACUUGCAAGAUCGUGCUUGGUGGUGCAGCUCCGGCUGGAGGUUCCGUUUCGUUGGUGCUCCCCUCCCCCGCGGUCGCCACCAACUACCCUGGACUCACCGUCAGCUCCAUAGUGCCCGUGCCGGCCAGCAUCGCAGGACCGACACUCUCUCAAGCAGCUGACUGUCAAGUGAGUACGUGGGGUGAGUGGACCAAAUGCAGCGUCACCUGCGGAGUCGGCUACCAGGAGCGCACCAGGACUAUACUGCGCGAGGCGAGCCUGACGGGCGCGCCGUGUCCCAAGGUGCUGUCCAGGCGCCGCCGCUGCUUCAGGAGAUGCUGAGCUUAUUCUAAAUAACGAAGUCACAGGGUGUACAACGGAUAGGCAGAAUAUUGUAUAUGAAAGAUAGAUGAAUGUGGGCCGCUAUCGUGGUUGGACUACCAGCUUUUGACGUCAUUAACAUGCAUGCAUUUAUAAUAAUUAAAUGUGAACAAAUUCGUUUUAAUAAUAAACCAAGAUCUUGAUUUACUCGUGAAAAAAAUAUGUAGAGUUUGAGUUUAUAAUUUCAAACCAUUUUGUAUUGCAGUUUUGAAAUUAUUUAUUUUACAUGUAACAGGUGUGAAAAGAUCAAAGCUGAAAGUAAUAAAUACUUUAUACGAAUAUAGAAGUCGUUACAACUCGAAUACAUUUUAAUGAUUGUGGAAAAUCCUGGAGGGAAACCUCUAUAAUAUGCCAAAGAUUCAAUAAAAUUUUGAAAUAAUUAAUUUCUAUAUUUCUAAAGAUUGGGUUCUUUUCGAUAUGACUAUAUAGAUAUAUUUUUUAAUUUUAUGUGUUGCCAAUAUGAUCAAAUCUUAAGUUGCCAUAGAUUCAAGCCGUAAAUAGAUAUUAAAUAUUGAUAUUUUAUAA